UUCAAACUUAAAAUUUUCCUCUGAAAUGAUUUUACACACAAAACAAUGGAACCAGACAAGAAACCUUUAAAUUCGUCACACAGGAAGGAACAAUUGUCACAAUCAUAUCAGCAAUCAACAGCACGGUUUGUCAAUUUACCAUAAAUAACUUAACUAGGAUGAACACAAAGGCAUUAAAACUUUAAAAUCAGUUAAAAAUUGAACGUCGUCAACUUUGUAUGGUCUCAGUGUCGUUAACCCAAAAUGAAAAUUCAGGUUUUGUGCCUCUUUUUGACAGCAACAAUUAUCUCUGCAAAUUUUGACUAUCACGAAUUCACAGACUCUCGGGGACAAUGUUGGAGAUGCUAUCCAAAUCAACCAUGUGAACAGUGUCCGAGAUAUGGAAGUGCAAAUUGGCCUGCUGGAUGGUCGAACUUAUGUUUUGAGCCAAACUGCAAGUCUCAGGAAAAUCGAAAAUUUUUGUUUCCAUCGAGCGAAUCUGAUCGCUACUUCCGAUGUAAAUUAGACAGGAACAGUUGGACUCUUGAGGUUGUUGAUUGUUCUUGUGGAACCUUAUUCAACAUGAGGACGCAAGAAUGUGUUGGAGUUGAUAGAUGGUCACCUUACUGCAGUGAGCUAAUCACACCAAUUAUGAUCACAUCAUGCGCUACUGGUCGGAGAGUAUCAGUCCUUGAAUUUAAUGGUGUCCAACCAGAAAACACUACAAUUUGGGAGCCAGUGACCACAACUCCUAUGUCGACUACAACAACAAUGAUAUCAACAACAACAACUUUAGCGACAACAACGACUCCAAGAUCUUGUGCGUGUAUACCUUGGUGGCCAUGUUGGUGUAAUCCAUGCUGGAAUAUGCCUUGUCAUAACUGUAAUGGCUGCAUGGGUUGAUCUGUUGUUGUAUACUUUAAAUAUUAUGAAGCUUUUGUUUUUUUAUAUUUUUUAUUUUAAAGCAAAUAAAGUUUUUUUUAAUGCAUUUUUGGC